AGUAUGUAGUGCAUUUUCUCGUGUUGCUGUGGGGCAUAAAAAGCGAAAGCGAUAAUGUUUGUUGGGAGAAAAGCGAAUGACAAUGUUUGUUGGAAGGAAAGCGAUGAUUCCUCAUCUGGACAGUCAAAUGGAAUUUGGCACAGAAGCAAACCAUAAAAUGAGGCAAAAAAUUAAAACAGAUGGGCAUGAAGAAGAUGGCCAUGAAGAAGUCCACCAUCGCGAAGGGCAAGCGCGCCAAGUCCUCCGUGUUCAAGGGAACCAAGGUCAAGACUUCCGGUGGUCUCAAGAAGAGCGACUUGAAGAAGAACAAGUCCGGAAAAGUCGUCUCCGCGAAGGCCUCCGCCGCCGCCAAGAAGAGGAAGGGUUACAAGAAGAUCGCGGCCUGGGGCGUCGCCACCUCCAAGGCCCGCAAGGCUUUGGGCAUCAAGGGAUUCUGCCCGGUCGGUGGCAAGACCGCCCAGGGAAAGGUACUUAGCGCCUUCUACUUUGCCUUCAUGAUAAUAUGCGUUUGCAUGGAUUUCGGGUGUGAGUCUGCGAGAGCGACGUUGUCGCGAAAUGGACAUAAGCUAUACGUAUACUUACGUCGUGCUGAUUUGUCUUGCCGUUCUUGCUCCUGCUCACCAAAUCGAAAAAGUACGUCAUCAAAAUUCACAAAACAGGCCCUGUACAACAAGGUCAAGUCCUUCUACAAGGCCUAAUUCGACCACUUCGGCAUCAUCGUAUCGACAGUUUCCAAUUGAGAAUGGGAAUAAGAUUUUGCCACUUGCAAGCUUGAUAUGUCGAGAGUCGUCAAGAUUGUGACGCUGAGCACACACGAUGACUCCUCUGCUAUCCUGCGUAAAGCAAAGUGUGGACUCGCUGGAACAAGUGGAUGAUUCUCCAUAGUUCGCGAGGCUCAUGUAGAUGAUACUCUCCUGUGGACGCGCCAUAGCCGAGAAUACAAUCUUUUGUGCUUCUUCGAAGGAGCCCGCUAGUGCACGGGUGCGCGUCGUGGCUUUGGUGUUCAAGCAGAUGAGAUGUCAAUUGCCGGUACGUCGCGACCGAUCUCACCGAUAUCGGUCUGAA